AAUACACCCUGAUGCAUUUCACAACCAUUCAUUCACAUUCUGAGGCAAAGAUGCCUACAGUGAAUAAUGCGGACAGCGUACCCGUCGCGUAAAAGCUCAGGAUCCACACGCACGAGCCUCCCUGCUCCCAGCUUGAAACCAACAACAUCAGACGACCUUCUUGUGGAUCCCUCAGCUCGUUCCUUGCCGCGGCAACGUAUGAAGAAACUGCCUAUCCAGAAGACAAGAGCACCUUAUUGCAAACAACCCGUAGCUAAACACACCACCUCCAAGUACCAUGUGCCAUCCUGAGGCCCUUUGUUUGAGUCAAAGAUUGGCGAGCGGGAGGAUCUGAGC